AUGGGAAAUUGAUUGGGAUCAGAGAAUAAAAAUAAGAAUCAAGUAGAGAAAAAACCUGCGCCACAAAGAUUAAAUAAAAUUAGUCAGCAUCCGUAUCUCAAACCAGAAGGACUUUCUCCAUAUGCAUUACUAAUGAGGAAUCGACCUCAUAAAUUUAUAGAUCAAAUUAUCUUAUCUAGAAAUCGAGGUUCAGAUAUAAAUACUCAGCUAAAGCUGGCAAGUAGCGCUUUAUCACCAAUUGAUAAAAACUUAUGUAGACGCAUAAACCCUGCUAAUGUGCCCAACACCCAAUCUUUGCCUACUAAAACUGCACUCAAUCAAGUUAAGAUCCCAGAAGCUCCGAUGAAUAGUAGCUCACUUCAUCUUAUAGCUCCUGCUACUUCAUCUAGAAAUCAUCGUCAAGAAUUAUACACUUUGCAAAAUCAAGCUACAGCUAUACCGACAUCUCCCAUUGUCGGAAGAUGUAGGUAAAAAAAUCAACUCCCCAGAUGGCAAAUCUCUGAUAUAUAGUGGAUUUGUCAUCUGAGGAGUUAGUUUUACUAAAAAAUGUUGAUGAAACCAACUCCCCUCCUGACAUCUCCCAUCAUCGGCAUAGCCUGAACCAAACGCAGGCUCAAGCUAUACAAAGCCAAGCUAAGAGCCCUACAUUUUCAAUUAAUACUGACUCAUUAAAAUCUGCAAAUUCCACUACUCAAUCUAAAAAUCAGUAUUCAGUCGCAAACUCUUUCCAAAAUCAACCUUCUACAGUUGCAAUCCCAUCUCCUAAAGUUUCUAAUCAAUCUUCUAAUUUGUACACUAGUCAUUAUUCUGAGCAAGUUAAAGUUGAAGCUAAUUAUUCCACAUUGACUGAAAAAUAUGAAACCAAGUCUACAACCUAUACUCUGUAGGAUAAAAAUGGCUCUUUUGUAUAAUCUGAGACACCAUAAUUGGAUUUUGGCUAUAAAGUGAUUAUUUCUUAACUUUAGUAUAAUAAAUGGCCAGAAAAAAGCUCACCUAUGUUCACCGUGAAUUAUCCGCCUUCGGAUUAUGACUCCUCCAGCAAUUCAUAUAUUUCAAGCUGUAGGUCUUCUGUCUGCUCUGACACAAUUCAAUAUAGACCUAUAAGUGAUUUAAAUGCUGCUGCUAAGAAACAAAAUAUUCACAAUUAUAGUUCAGAGAGAUCUAGUCCAAGCCCGAAUCAAAGACGAGGAAGAGGAAGAGGAAGAUGAAGAGGAUCUUCUAUAAAAAGAGAAAGUAGAUGUCAUUCCCCAAAGUCUUAUAAACCCGGCAAGGACUUUUCUGACUCUUCAUCAGAUUCCUCCCAAUCAAAUACUUAUUCAGAAUUUAUCUCAUUUAUCCUUUAA